CUUCCGGUUGCCAUACUGCCCAUGUCAAUAACCAACGAAGAAGAGAUGCUUGCAAGAAUGGCGCCAUGUCGCGCUAACAUCGUCAUUAUUAAAUACUAAUCACACUCCACCAUCUCGGCGUGCACUUGUCUCAUUAAAGGCGAGCAAUGGCCAACGCACAGUCCGCCUUAAAGCUGGCCGUGUGCCUCCUGGUGGUCACAGAGCCGCUUCUGGCCAAGAAGAAUUACUACCACAUCCUGGGAGUGCCUGAGGACGCCACCGAGCGGCAGGUAAAGAAAGCUUUUCACAGGCUGGCCAUGAGGUAUCACCCUGACAGGAACAACAGUCCGGAUGCAGAAGCCACAUUCAGGGACAUCGCUGAAGCUUACGAAACUUUAUCAGAUGCAACCCGAAGAAGCGAGUAUGACCGCUUUGGUGGCAGCGCUCCUUUUUCCAGCGGUGGCACGCAGCAGAGGCAGAGAGCCCACCAGUCUUUCAGCUUCAAAUUCGACGACAUAUUCAAGGAUUUUGACAUCGACAGCCACAACCGGCACGCCCGCCACAGAAGACACUUUGACGAGCACUCCUCACGAGAGCCGCACGGCCGACGCAGGAGACAUUUUCAAGGGGCGGGUUUCUUCGACGACGUGUUGGACGACGUAGAGCGAACGUUCACCUUGCACACACAGCCCAAACAGAGCCAGAAUGUUUUCCACGGCACGUCCAAGCAGCACUGCAGGACGGUGACGCAGCGCAGAGGAAAUAUGGUGACCACAUACACGGACUGCACUGCAUCCUAACAUGCACACUGCAAAAAGUGAAAUCUAAGUAAGAUUAAAUAGCUCAAAUAAGGGUGAUAUUUGCUUAUUUUCUGUCUAAUAAGAUCAUUGUUCUCACUAAGCAGAUUUUAUGUUAGUGUUUUACUUGUUUUAAGUUUUGGUCCUAAAUGAUCUCAGUAAGAUAUUACAGCCUAUAGCUGAGAUUUGAUGAGCUAUAUUGAGUAAAACGUGCUUGAAACAAGAAUAUCAACUGAUGCAAAGCUGUGUCAUCAACACUCACAAGUAUAAAACUGCUUUUUUAAAGUGAUAAUUUCUUAUUUCAAGCAUGAAGAAAAAAAUUAUGACUUUGACACAAUUUUGUCUCAAAAUUCAAACGGACGGACUUUGCUGUUUUAUUUUUUUUAAUGAAACAAUGAAAAAUACAUGCUCAUAAAGUAGCAACGUUUGCACAGAACAGUAAACUGACAGUUACAACUUAAACAUUUAAUAUGUCUACAAUUUUGAACAGAAAUACUUCAUGCACAUAUAGAUGAAUUCUUCAAAAUUACAAUUAAAACAUUUUUGGAAGGGUGGCGGCUGUAUGUGUAUAUAUAAUUAUAUGUAUAUAUAUAUAUAUAUACAUAGUUCCUCACACACUAAUUGACUGAAAGAGCACGAACUUAGCGCGAUGAUGUCAUGUUAUCGAUGGAAAAAUGCAUUUUUACACCAUAGACCAUUUCCAUUAAGAACAAUAAAUUAGUUUUUAGUAUAAGUUUGCUGGUUUCAAGAAAUGUAAUGCCAAGCGCAUAUCAUUAUGUCAAGAUAAUUGCACUAGCAUUUACUUAUUUUAAGAAUAUUUUUCAACAUAUUGAGCAAAAAGGUCUGUUUUUUCUACCCAGAAAAGUGCAGUAGUUUUUAGUGAGAAUAUACUUAUUUUAACAUAUUUUUGGGUUCAUUGAAGUUAGCUAAUUUGACAAGCCAAAUUUUCCUGUUCUAUUGGCAGAUCAUUUUGCUUAUUUCAAAUGAAAUUCCCCUAAUAUUUUUUUUUUCCCCUUAUUUUUGAACACUGACUUUUUGCAGUGCAGCAUUUAAAUAUGUCCUACUGAUGUUUGUUGUGAUGAUAAAUCAGAAAGUGCUUGUAAUACAGGAUUAAAUACACCCAUUCCCCAGACUGUACACAGUGGGUGGAUAUAGUGUAGUACUUGAUAGCCCAAAAGAAAAAUAGGAAUGUUGACUGACUUUGACACUGCUCUUUUUAAACGUGGUUGGCAUUUAGUGUAGCCAAACCUGUUAAAAGUCAUUUUGUAAAUAUUUAGUAUUUUGUAAAUAUGUGCCUUCAAUCUAAAAAAACUGACUACUAAAUGCACACACUGUUUAUCUAACAUAAUGUAUGUUACUGUGUUCCUGACCCUGUUGUUUCAAUAUCCGUUGUGCAAUAUUUGUUUUGUUUUGUCAUUUGAUGUAAUCUAAUAAAUUGAAGCACUUUUA